UCAUUGGCAGCGUGCUCACCUGAUUGCGGGGCUUCUUUUCAUCUUCUGCCGCAUCAAAGGGUCAUUUCGCCCACUGCGCUGAGAAUGAAGUGAUCACCGCACCGCGCCACAUUCGCCGUUAAACCUACAUUGACGCUUUUCGCCCACAAGACGACUAUGAAGAACAGCAAACCGAUUGCUCUGGACCGGCGCGAUUUUCAUUCCCUGCUGGAUGUGAUCGGCGGCUUCGGUGCCGUAGUCGCCGUGGGGAUCAUUGCCAUGCUGUCGGUGUGCGCCGCGUUCUUCAUUUACCGAUCCUUUAGAGGUCAGCGCGGAAAGGGUGACGAGAAUAACGGGAACGAAACGACGGUAGCAUCGGGAGAAGGGAGCGCGUCUCGGAGGAGGAAAAGAGAGAGGGAUGAUCGCCCUACCGAGUCAACAGGAGUAUGUCAGGAUGAAAAGCAGAAGAAGUGCAGUGAAUCCACUAACCUCUCAUCCACUGACAGCAUGCUCCAGAGCAUACCAGAGGUACCAGAGAAAGACCUGAAUGAAAGCACUCUCAAGGACUUGGAGGAGAUUACAGAUGAGCUUCUAACGGAUUUGGAACCUGAAAUGGGAGAAAAAACGGAUUCUGAUCUGGAUCAGUGUUUAGAAAUGGAUCCUGAUGAAAACACGGAAUGUGAGGAACAUAUUCAGCAUGAGGAUGAUGAUGAUGGUGGUGGUGGGUGUGAGGUUUUGGCUGAUGUGAGUGUAGGUUCGACGCAGUUGGACGUCCAACGCAAUUCUGUCAAGAAGGAAAUUGAAGAAUAUCUUGACAAGUCUGUGAGUGUAGAAACAGAUGAACCGUCUGAAACUGAAAGCGCUCGGGAUAUCAUUUAUCAGAGACGUCAAGAUCAUGUCAUUACUCAAAGCAAUUCUUCUUCAGACCAAGCCAGUAAGAUCCAGUUAGAGGAAAACAUCAAGACAUCUACUGUAGAGGAAGCAGAGGACACGAGCAAGAAGUCUGAAGACCAUCAUGAUUGGCGUUUUCCACAAACAAAUAACUUUGAUUGCUGUUGCUGUGAUAAGAAGACGGAUACGGUUGAGAAAAUGAAAGGCCAGCCAUGGUUUGACACUGGAAGCUACGCCACAGACGCCACAAACCUGAGCUCUGCUGUGGAAACAAUGGUCAACCACAGCAGCAGGUUUGACUUCCAGAACUACUUGGGUUUCCAAGCAGAUAAUACGUUCAUUGGUGGGUCUUCAACACAGGUGAGCCUCUCACAAGAGAAGAAAACUGAUGAAGAGAGUGCGACAAUGGAAAAGAAACAUGAAAAGAAUGAGAUCAGCAUCAUGGAAGCCAUUAUGGACAAUAACGAGUGGCUAAACGUAGGAGCACCAGAGUUCAGAGAUCUUCCUUGGCUUACACCAGCUGCAAAUGAAGAAAAACAGAUGCAACAAGAAAAAGAAGGGCAAGUCAAGACCGGUUUAGCCAAAGAUGAUGACGAACCGGCUAAUAAAAGAGUAGCUACUGUUCCGCCUUUAUCACAAGCGGUUAACGUAACCUUCAGGAUUCACUACAUCACAUACUCACCAAGCCAGAUAGUGGCUGUUACCGGGAGCCUGCAGGAAUUGGGGGCCUGGGAGAGAUUUGUUCCACUACAGGAAGCCAAGGACGGGUUCUGGGCCAACACUAUCAGCCUCCCUAUGGAGAGCCAGGUGGAGUGGAAGUUCGUCCUGGUGGAAGACGGAAGGAUCUCUCGCUGGGAGGAGUGUGGAAACCGCUAUCUCUUCUUAACAAGCCAAGAUGAAGACAUCUAUCUUGAUAAGUGCUGGGGAUGUUCUUGAACUCAGAGGUGACUAUCUUCUAGGGCUGCACGAUCAAUCAAUAUAAAAUUGAAAAUCAUGAUACGGUUGUGGUUUAAAUAAAUUAAAUAUAUAUAUA